AUGUCACCAUUAGGUAUACAGUCUCUUGAGGUGACUCCACAGAGCAUUACAGACUCCUUCAAAGGAAACUACAUGAGGAAUCUGGCUGUUAGUGUGAUGUCCACGUAUAUAGUUCAUUUUGAGCAGUCAGACGCCGGCCGAGGCGAAAGUGUCGCAGGCUCCGGCCACCGCGAGCUAACGGUAGAUCGCUGCACUGAUGAACGUAACGGUGCAGCCGAACACCGAUGGUACCACCCACCACCCACCACCCACCAGUCACCAGGCCCUGACAGGUCCAAUGUCACGAGUGGUAACACGAGACGCAGCGCGGAUGUUUGUUCACUGACCGAGGAGAGGGCGCGCCCUCCCGGUGACAUCACUCACGAGCUCGUAGGAGUUCUUGGUAUAGCAUCACAAACAUUAAAACAACCAAAAUAUUACACAUACGACGUCUCCAUAUAA